AUGCCACAAGAAGAAGAAGCAGAAUAUCUUUUUAAAAUUGUAAUUAUAGGUGAUUCAGCAGUUGGUAAAUCAAAUUUAUUAAAUAGAUUUACUAGAAAUGAAUUUACAGAGAAAACUAAAGCAACAAUUGGUGUAGAUUUUGGAACAAAGAGUAUAGAGAUUGAUAAUAAAACUAUAACAGCCCAAUGUUGGGAUACUGCAGGUCAAGAAAGAUUUAGAGCAGUUACAUCUGGAUAUUAUAGAGGAGCAGUUGGUGCAAUGAUUGUUUAUGAUAUUACAUCAAAGAUUAGUUUUAAAAAUGUUACAAGAUGGUUGAACGAAUUAAGAGAGAUGGCAGAACAAGAUAUUUUAAUCAUGAUGGUCGGUAAUAAAUCCGAUCUCGAAAUGAGCAGAGAAGUACCAACAAAAGAAGCACAAGCAUUUGCUGAAUCAAAUAAAAUUUCAUUCUUGGAAACUUCUGCUUUAAAUUCUACAAAUGUAAAUCAAUCCUUUGAAAGAUUACUCACCGAUAUUUACCAUUUGGUUAGUUCAAAGAAACCAAUGGUUGUCGAUGAUACUCAAAAUUGGUUAGUACCAAAUCAAGGUAAAAAAUUAACACCCCUCUCUGAUCCUGCUCCUCAAUUAACUGCAAAUACAACUUCAACUCAUCAAGAAAAGAAAAGUGGUUGUUGUUAA